AUGAGAAUGAGGAAGCCACACCUGAAAGAUACACUCCCAAUUCAGCUAUGUGUUCUAUGCGAUCGCCCUUUCUGCGUUGACCACAAGGGAAAGGAGGACGGCGUCUGUGAAAUCAAUCAUGAGACAUACUAUCGAAACCACCCGGCCGCCCAGCAGUACUUGUAUCGCACUUACGAAGACUGGAAGAAAGAUUUUGAAGAGAUGAUGGAUGAUGAGAUGUCGGUGAAAGGGGAUGUGAGGAGUGCAGGAAGCAGCUCCUACACCUAUCACGCAUCAUCGAAGCAAGAGCGACUAAAAGAUGCUCUGUCGGUGCUGCACACAGGACGCGGUACGUCACUGCGCCAAAUCGCGAGGGAUCAUGGUGUCCCUUGGUCCACCCUCCGCUCGCAUGUGGCAGGGACACGUCCAUCUACCCAAGCAGAUCAGCGGCGAUUCUCCGCCUCCGAGGAGGCUGAGAUAGUUCAAUGGGUUGAGGUUCUGACAGCUUGGGGUUGGACGCUCAGCUUGCGUCGACUUGAUGACAUGGCAAGAUAUCUUCUCACACGAAGGGGUGAUGGACAGCCUCUCGGCCGGAUGUGGAGGACUAGGUUCCUUAAAAGAUACCCGGAGCUCAAGAGGCUAGCAAAUUGGCGUCUGGCCAGCAGCUCUCUCCCACCACCUGAGUUUUCUUCCAUUCAACACUGGCUCCGCAGCAUUGUCUGGACACACCAGAUUCCACCUUCAGGUGUCUAUUAA